AUGGAUGCGAAAAAGGCCAGAAGAAACGCGAAAAGUUCGCUAACACGUCGCAGUAAUAAUUUAUACAGCAUGAUUGAAAACAACCGGCCUGUUGAAAAGAUAACAGAAGCGCUAGAACUAGUAGAAAUAGACUAUAAAACUGUCGUAGAAAAGCACGAGGCUUUAGUAGAAAAGGUCGAUGACGAAUAA